AUGCGAUUGCUGACAGUUGUUGCGAUCCUAGCUGCGGUGCUGGGCUUCGCUAGUGCCACUGAGUGGUGGGAAAGUGGAAACUAUUAUCAGAUAUAUCCACGCUCUUUUCGCGAUUCCGAUGGAGACGGUAUUGGAGAUCUGAAUGGUGUUACGGAGAAGCUGCAGUACUUGAAGGACAUCGGCUUCACCGCUACUUGGCUGUCGCCCAUUUUCAAGUCACCCAUGGUGGACUUUGGCUACGACAUUGCUGACUUUUAUCAGAUACAUCCGGAAUAUGGCACCAUGGAGGACUUUGAUCGCAUGAUUGCACGCGCCAAGGAGGUGGGCAUUAAAAUAAUCUUGGACUUUGUGCCCAAUCACUCAAGUGACGAAAACGAGUGGUUCAUUAAGUCGGUGAACAGUGAUCCUGAUUACAAGGACUUUUAUGUCUGGCACGAUGGCAAAAUCAAUGAGGAAACCGGAGAGCGUGAGCCUCCAAGCAAUUGGAAUUCGGUAUUUCGGUACAGCGCCUGGGAAUGGAACGAUGUUAGGCAGCAGUAUUAUCUCCAUCAAUUUGCCACGGCGCAGCCGGACUUGAACUAUCGUAAUCCUGCAGUGGUCAACGAGAUGAAAAAUGUGCUCAGAUUCUGGCUAUCCAAGGGCGUUGCCGGAUUCCGUAUUGAUGCAAUACCCUAUCUGUUUGAAAUCGACCUGGAUCGCUACAAUCAGUAUCCUGAUGAGGCGCUCUCUAAUGACACCAGCUGUCCUGAUCCGGACGAUGCCUGCUAUCUAACGCACGUUUACGUCCAAGACCAGCCCGAGACUGUCGACAUGAUCUAUCAAUGGCGUGAGGUAGUCGACGAGUACCGCACGGAACACGGCGGGGAGCAGCGUUUGCUUAUGACAGAGGCCUAUACCAGCUUUGAAAAUAUGAUUAAGUUCUACGGUGAUGGCGUUCGCAAUGGCUCGCAAAUUCCCUUCAACUUCGACUUUCUUUCGAACAUUAACAACGCCUCUACGGCUAAAGAAUACGUGGAGCACAUAGAAAAGUGGCUGAAUGCCAUGCCUGCUGGCGUCUAUGCCAAUUGGGUGCUGGGCAAUCAUGACAACAAACGUGUCGCUUCACGAUUUGGUGUCCAGCGUACGGAUUUAAUAAACAUUCUGCUCCAGACCUUGCCCGGCCAUGCAGUCACGUACAAUGGCGAGGAACUUGGCAUGACCGAUGUAUUCAUCAGUUGGGAGGACACAGUGGAUCCUCAGGCCUGCAAUUCUGAUCCGGAUACUUACUAUGAUCGGUCUCGUGAUCCCGCCAGGUCACCCUACCAAUGGGAUGCAUCUUCAAACGCGGGUUUCACAAGUGCUGAUCACACCUGGCUCCCAGUUUCGGAUGACUAUAAGACAAAUAAUGCUUUGCAACAGCUGCGCGCUCCACACUCUCAUCUGCAAAUCUUCAAGACGCUAGUGCGUCUGCGUCAGGAGCCCUCUUUCCGUGCUGGUGCGAUCAAGAUUCAAGCUCUGGAUGAUGAUAUCAUUGUCUACUCACGGCAAAAGGAAGGCAGCGAUCUAUAUAUCGUAGUCCUGAAUCUAGGCAAUAGCGACAAGACUAUUGACCUCACCCAGUACUUUACCUUGGGCGCGGAUGCGGAGGUCAUAACGAGUUCGUUGCAAUCCCAGUACAUAAAUGGAGAAACCGUCAAGACUGCAACCUUUGUUGCCAACGGCAAUGUGGGCACCGUUUUGGUAGCCAUUAACUAAAGUUCCAGCAAAACCAGCUUCUAACUUUCACAACAUUAAAUGAUAAUAAAUCGUAUUAUGAUAUAACAUA